GUAUGACUUCAGCAGCGCACUGAACAUGAUGCGCACCGACCCCGCCGCUCCGUCGCGAAUAUCGUCCCACAUCGGACUGGUGGCCCGCAGUCCGGAGGGCCACGCCGCCAAGACCAUGCAGAUCAAGGGUCACGAAGACCAGUGGGUGGACAUACAGGCUCACACGUUUAGGAACUGGGUGAACGAGCACGUGCCGGCCGCCGACCGGGUGGCGAACCUCGCGGAAGAUCUGUGCGACGGUCGAGUCCUCUGCGAAUUGGUGGAGAACUUACAGCAGCGUAAGGCGUUCGCGUGGAACCACAACCCUGGCAACCGGCACCAGAUGUUGGAGAACGUGUCCAAGGCCCUGGCCGCGAUUUCGGACGACGGCGUUAAAUUAGUUAACAUAGCACCUACAAAAUUAGUCAAUGGAAAUAGCUCUUCUGCUUUCAAUGACUUUACUUCUUCUAAUGAAUAUAAUAAAAUUGGUCUUCUUAGACCUAUCUCACCUCUGCAAUCGCCAAAAUUCACUUCUUCUCCUAUUAAUCAUCUACAUAGCAAUACGUAUAAAUCAACUAACCAUUCAGAAUCUGGAUUUCAUAGUAUCUCAUCACCAUUACAUUUAAAUAUUCCUAGUUCCCUUUCCCCAAAUCAUAGUUAUGUAUCACCAAAAAGUGCUUUGUCUCCGUCAAAACCAAAAAAUAAUGAUAUAGUUUUUGGAGAAAAUAUGCAACUCAUGCCCGUAAAUAGAUAUUCAACAAUUUACAUAAAUUCUGACGAGGCACUAGCCAAUAUUAAUGUCACAGUGAUUGGUCCAUCAAAUAAGAUGAUUCCUGUGAGAAUGUCUAGGAACAUUGCACAAGGUCAUAUUUUGGCACAGUUUACAGCUGAACAAAUUGGAGAACAUUCAAUUGAUGUGAAAAUUAAUGGUACWAGAGUUAUUGGUUCUCCAUUUAGGAGUCAUGCAUAUGAUGUGUACGCUAUUAAAGUUGGCCAUAUACCAAAUGGAGUGGUGGGUGAACCAGUAGAAUUUGAAAUUGAUGGAUCAGGAGCAGGUUCUGGUAAUCUAGAAAUUCUUGUAAAUGGAGGACAUGUCACUAGUUUUGUCCGAAAUUUAGGCAAUCAAAAAUUUUUAGCAUCAUUUGUACCACAUAAAGCACUAAUCCAUUUAGUUGAUAUGAAAUUUAACAACGAACAAGUACCAGGGAGUCCCUGGGAAGUAACAAUCAUGAGUGGAGGAUCAUAUAGCCCAAAAUUAAGCGUCCUCGGUGAUGCUGUAAAAUUAGUACCUGUUGAUUCAGUAGCAAUAUUUCAAAUAAGUGCUAUCGGUUUUCAUCGAGAAGAUAUACAAGUUAAUGUAUUAAGUCCCACCAAACGCAAUGUUCAAKCUAAAAUUAUAAAUGAAGGAGGAAAUGGAAUAUUUAGACUAGAAUUCAUUGUGAUUGAAGUGGGAACACAUUUGGUUGAUGUUAGUGUGGCUGGCCAUAAACUUGGAACUGGUACAUUAUUAGCCAAAGGAUAUAAUUCAGCUUUGAUAAGAGUAACUGAUGUUUCUGAUGCUGUUGUUGGUCAACCUUGUCAAUUCAGAGUUGACGCUAGUGAUGCUGGUGAAGGCCAAUUAGAAAUAUCUAUUAAUGAAGGAGAAGUACCAAAUCAUGUGACUGUAGUUGGAGGUGGAAGAUGUUUAGUAUCUUUUACACCUGAACAUGUUAAACCUCAUAUGAUUGAUAUAAAAUUUAACAGUGAAACUGUAAUAGGAUGUCCAUUUGUAUGCUCAGUAUCUGACACAAGUCGCGUGUCUGUUAAUUUAUCUYGUUUAGAGUUGAUACCUGUUAACCAUGUGGCAAAAUUUCAUAUGAUGGUUGAUAAUUCAGCUUCAGCUGAAUUGUCUGUUUCUGUAACUGGGCCUACCACUGAGCUUCCAGUUAAAGUUACGGGAAAUGUAAAUGUAGGCUUUACUGCUGAGUUUACACCACUCCAAGUUGGAGCCCAUUCAAUAUCAGUUGAAUAUAAUGGACACGCCGUUAAUGGUACUCCCUAUGUGGCUAAAGCUUAUGAUUCAAGCAAAGUUUUAGUUGGACAUGUGCCUAAGGGACAUGUUGGAAAUACAUUUCAAUUYACAGUUGAUGCUAGUGAAGCUGGUGAGGGAAACUUAGAAAUUACUAUAUCAGCUAGAGGAGCAAAUAUUCCCACUCAAGUACACCCACAAGGCAAUGCUAAAUUUGCCGUUAGUUUUCUACCACUUCAGCCUACUGAUCAUGUUAUUACUAUCCAUUUCAAUAAGGAACCAGUCCCAGGGUCUCCUUUUAUUGCUCAUGUUGAGGGAGAUUUACCGCUAGUUAGUGGUACUUCACUGACUAGCGCUCCUGUCUCAACUACUUCUCAUUUCACUAUGAGCAAUGUAUCUGGAUCAUUGGAUGACAUUGAAGUUAAUGUUGAGGGGUCAGCUACCGAAGAUAAAGUCGCUGUUGGUAAGAUAGCGUCAUUUGCUGUUCAAUGUGAAAGUAGUCCUCAAGUACAAGUUCUUGCACCUCUUAGGCAUUCUUUACCCGUUACUCUUAUACCUGCUACUCAACCAUCAACUCACAAUGUUCAAUUUACUCCUAUUGAUGUUGGUGACCAUAGUGUUGAAGUYAAAGUAGAUGGUAUWCAUGUUGAAGGCAGUCCGUUUUUAGUUAAAGCAUAUGAUGCUUCUAAAGUUCGUGUUACAGAUAUUAACACAGGAUUUGUUGGAAAACCAGUCAAUUUCAAUAUUAAUGCUAGUGAAGCUGGUGCCGGUAAUUUAGAAAUCAUAGUAUCAGUGAAUGGAGUUAAUGUUCCAAAUUAUGUUCAAUCUGAAGGAAAUGCAAAGUUCCGUGUUAAUUUUAAGCCCCGAGACGCUGCCCCUCAUAGUUUGAGUGUACGUUUCAAUGGUGAACCUAUUCCAGGGUCUCCAUUAACUUGCAGAGUAUUGGAUAUUGAUCAAGUCGCAGUAACUGGAAAUGGCGUUCGAUAUUGUGCCAUAAAAAAGACAGCUGACAUUAAAAUAGAAAGUCCUGAUAUAUCCAAUGAUACAAAUUUCAAAGUCAAYGUAUUUUCACCAUCUGGACAACUGGUUGAUGUUAAAACGAGCAUCAUGGCCAAUGCUAUUGGAGUGUAUUAUAUACCAAAUGAAAUUGGAAGACAUAUGAUAGAAGUUUUUAUAGAAGAUCAGCCAGUUGAUGGUAGUCCAUUUGCUUGUAAUGUGUAUAAUAUAAAUAAUAUAAAAGUUACAGGACUUGAUAGUGCUAAAGCUAGUAAACCAGUUACCUUUAGUGUAGAUGCCACAGAAGCUGGAGAAGGUACAUUGGAAUUGGUUGUUAGUAGUCAAAAAGGCACAGUUAAAGCAGAAGUAGUCGCUUGUUCCAGAGGAUUAUAUGAUGUGACUUUUGUCCCUCAUAAUGCAAUACCACAUUUUGUUAAUAUUACAUUUAAUGAUGAAAUUGUACCGGGAAGUCCAUAUAGUUGUGAUGUUAUUGAUUUAAAUGGAGUUAAGAAAGGAGCAUCUGGUUCAUCAAUAACUGCAUAUGGUGAAGGAUUGCAACGAGUAAAACUUGGUUACCCGGCUCGUUUUGAUAUUAAUCCGCAUAUUGCUGAUCAUGGAUCCAUUAGUGUGAUCAUAAAAGAUCCUGAUAAUAAAACUAUACCUGUUAAUUUACACAAACAUGACAGUGGGUUAUAUCGGAUAACAUAUCGUCCAUCUAUUGUUGGUGUUCAUAUGGUAACAAUUCUGCAUAGAAAUCAACCAAUUACCAAACAUCCUUGGAAAGUUCAAGUCAUAGAUUCUGAGUUAGUCAUUGUUAGUGGACUCAAUGAAGCUAUUUGUAAUAAACCUACAUCAUUUAAAGUUGAUACAAGAAAUGCUGGUAAAGGAGAAUUAUCGGUGGCAAUUAAAGCAGCUGGCCGUGAUGUCAAACUAAAAUCGUCAGAUGUUGAGUCUAAUGGUAUCUAUCAAGUAGCAUAUCAGCCUGUAAUACCUGUACCCCAUUAUGUUCACGUGAAAUACAAUAAUUUUAAUGUACACGGGUCUCCGUUUAUGGUGAAUAUCCGAGAACAAAAUCCAUCUACAUCAGCUGAACUUCGAGUUGUUGGUCUUGGACUUUACCAAGGUAUUUCUAACAAAAUGUCUACAUUCAUAAUAGACAGUGCUGGUAAAUCUAGUCAUGAAUUUGAUGUUGUCAUUACCGGUACACAACAUAGUGCUGUACCAGCCCAAUGUUAUCAACAUAAAAAUGGUAUGAACUUGAUUGUUGAAUUUACACCUCCUAAAGUUGGGCAGUAUAAUAUUGAUGUUACACAYUUUGGUAAACAUUUAAAAGGAUCACCAUUUACCAGUUAUGUACACGAUGCUAGUAAAGUUAAAAUCGACAGUCUUCCAGAGAAGAACAGUUCAGUUAUUCAUAAACCAAUGUCAUUCAAAUUAUUACGGAAGAAYGCUGGUUUAGCUGAUUUUACAGUUACUUGUCUUGGACCAGAGAACGAAGAUGUUCCAGUUGAUUUAAAAAUGUUCAAUGAAGAUAUUGAUGUUGUUGAAAUAAAUCCCACAGUACCUGGAGAUUAUAUUUUUAACAUCUGUUAUGGCAAAGAUCACAUAACUGAAUCUCCAUUAAAAGUGCAUGUGGCGGAUCCAGGAGUACCUCGUGCCUGGGGUUCUGGUCUUGUCAAAGCUCUUAAAGAUGUUUCAACAAAAUUUUAUAUCUCAGCGUUAGGCACAUCUUAUCACACUGUUCCUGUUGUUAAUAUACGCAAUGGUUCUGAAAUAAUACCUGUGACAAUUAAUCAAUCUUCAAGUGGUCAUGAAGGAGAUUAUGAAGUUUUAUUUAUUCCAAACCAUAUUGGUUUUUGUGAUAUAAACAUUGUUUGGAAUGGAAGACAUGUUGGUAAUUCACCAUAUAAGUGUAUGGUUGUUGAUUUGACUAAAGUGUUAACAAUUGGUGAUUCAAAUUUAAAUAGUCGUAUUAUACUUGGAGUUAAUGCUCCCACAACAUUGACAUUUGAUACAUCUAUUGCUGGUCCUGGUGAACUAGAUGGUCAUUUAGAAAGUCAAGGAGGAACAAUUGUUCCAAUAAUGAUUGACCACUCUGGUGAUAAUGUUAAAUGUGUAUUAACACCACACAUAUCUGGCCCACAUGCCCUGUACUURAAUUUUGCUGGACUACCAUUACCAGGUUCACCAUAUCCUGCUUUAGUAGAAAGUGGCGCUGCUGGUGUACGAGUAUUACUAUCUGGAAGUGGGCUAUCAACAGCUACUUGUGGUCAACAAGCAGAAUUUAUAAUUGAUGGAUCACAAGCAGGACCUGGCAAUCCUGUAGUUACCUUAGCAGGCUCCAGGCAUGAAAUAUUAGUCAAUAUCGAAAAAACAGGUGAUAAUGUGUAUAGUGCCAAUUAUACUCCAGUAAGUCCAGGCGCUUAUUUAUUAAAUGUGCUCUGGGGUCACAGGCAAGUUAAAGGUUGUCCUUUAAAGGUUAAUGUAACUGGUGUUUGUGAUGCUAGUAAAGUUCUAUGCACUGGAGAUGGUCUUGGUAUAGGUACAGUUGGAAAAGAUAUCAGAAGUUUUAUUGAUACACGAAGAGCAGGUCCAGGGGAGUUAAGUGCUCAUUGUAUUGGACCUCAUAAAGUUGCUUACUGUGAACUUUAUGACCACGGAGAUGGUACUUUCACAUUAAAUGUGAAACCACAAGAAUCAGGCAGACAUACACUGACUGUUAAAUAUGCCGGCGAGGAUGUACCUGGAAGUCCUUUUACUGUUCGUGUUAGUGGUGCGCCAGAUGCUAGUAAAGUUCGUGUGUAUGGACCUGGAAUAGAACACGGUGUGCUAGCAAUUUUCCAAAGUAGAUUUAUAUGUGAUACUCGUGGAGCUGGAGCUGGACAAUUAACAGUCAGGGUUAGAGGACCCAAAGGAGCAUUCCGUGUAGAAAUGCAACGUGAAAAUCAAAAAGAUCGAACUAUACUGUGUAAGUUUGAUCCAACCGAGCCUGGUGAUUACAGAGUUGAAGUUAAAUGGGCCGGGGAACAUGUCCCUGGAUCGCCAUUUAUGGUCAUGAUAUUUGACACACAAGAAGAACUUAAUCGAUUUUUACAGGGUAAUCAUUCACCAGCUGGUUCGGAUCUAUAUAGUAGUGUUAAUUACUCAUCAAGUUAUGCUCACAUCACACCUUAAACUUUGUUACUAGGUGAAUAAUAUAUAUA